UACAUGAAGUUGGUAAAAAUUAUUUUUCUUUCAAUGUCAUCUUCAGCUGUUUUGCUGUCAUUGUUGUGUCAUCGUUAUUUGAUAAUGCGUUUUAAUUUAAAAUCCACAAAUAAAUUAUUAGUCGGUUGUUAAAAUGUUCAACAUUCCCGAAUCCCAAUUGCCGGAAUGUUUAAAAGAUGAAAAUAAGAUUAACGUUUUAUUCACGCCAGUUCGAAGCUUCAGUGUAAAUCCGAAAGAUUGGGAAAACAAAAUAUCAUCAUGGAAAACUGUUAUAAAAGCUUAUUGUGAUGCGAAUGAUGUUUACACGUUUACGCUGUCUUCGUUGAAUAAAGUAUUCAUUAGAAAUGGAAGGCCGCCGCAAUGUUUACCAGACGUUCUUUUGGAAAUGGAAAAAACUGGUGAUGUUGAACGAUUAGACAUUUUCCUCAAGAAUAAUCCGCAUUCAUGGGGCGCAUGGGCUACGAAUGUGCUCGUUAAAAAGCCAUUCGUUUGGACAUUUAACAAAUUCAAGAAUACUUUGUUCUCCACAGUUCCCGAUGAACAGCCCUUAGUACAUUUACAAAUCGUUCAAAAGAAAUGCGAUACUUUAUUAAAAUCCGUACCGGACAAUUACAAAAAUAAGUUAUUAAGUUUAAAUGAUUUACUAAAAUUGCUGAAUAAAACUCCUAGUGAUACCGAAAACGUAAAGCUUUUGCUUCAUUAUUUGUCUAAUCAAAAAAUUGUUGAUAUAUCAACGAAUAACAACAACCAAUCUCUAUCCGAUUCAAUUUUAAUAAAAAUAGGUGAUGGUCAUAAUUGUUCAAUAACAGAAUUAGAUUUAAGCAUAUACACUUUAGAACAAAGCGAAAAACACAUUUUAAAGAGCAUAGAAGGAUUAGAGGAUAGUAUCGAGGAAUGCAUCAAAGAAGCCAAAACCCAUUUGUCCAAAAAUCACAAACAAACGGCUAAAAGUUCUCUGAGGAAGAAGCACGAUCUGGAAAAAUUAUUGGAGAAGAAAACUCAUGCUCUACGCAACAUUCAAACGUUACUACAGCAAAUUAAUGAAACGGAUUCGAAUAAACGCGUCUGGGAAUCAUACAAGAACGUCCUGUCGACCUUCAAUUCCACUUACAAGAAUUCAGGAUUAUCAGAAGAUGCCAUCGAUGAUACUAUGAUUCAACUAGGAGAGGUGAUUGAUAAAUCCGAUGACAUUCAGUCAGCUUUGUCGAAGCCCGCUCAGCACGAAUUCGACGAGUCCGAUUUAGAAUUGGAACUUUUGGAGUUGUUGAAGGAGGAUUCUGCUGAUGAUAAACCUCCAGACGGCGGUGGUUUGGACGAUAGUAAAUUGGAGGACGCGUUUAAAGGUCUCGAUUUAAAUUUGCCCGAAGUACCUGGAGGUAGUCCUGAUGUGCAGAAAGAGAAGCUGGGAUCGCUUUAUUAACAAUUAAUUUACUGGUGUGUUCAUUAAAAGGUUUAUAACUUGUAA